GACAGUGACGGGACGCCAUUUUGAGGCUCCAGUUUCCAGCUAGCAGAGCAGCGAGCCGCAGCGGAGAGGAGGCACCGAAAACCUUUUCUUUUUUUUGCUUUUAUCCUAGUUUUUGGAUAUAUUGACAAGGCUCCCUCUGUCGCCGCUUAAAGAAGAAAGAAAAGAUUCGGAAGCAGUUCGGACUGACGGCUUGGCAUCACGAUGGCUACCCAGUCUGAUCUGAUGGAGCUGGACAUGGCGAUGGAGCAGGACCGGAAGGCUGCAGUAAGCCACUGGCAGCAGCAGUCCUACCUGGACUCUGGUAUCCACUCUGGAGCCACCACCACAGCACCUUCACUGUCUGGCAAGGGGAACCCUGAGGAUGAGGACCUGGAAAACCAGGUGCUGUAUGAGUGGGAGCAGGGAUUCGGCCAACCCUUUACACCGGAGCACGUGACAGAGAUGGACGGGCAGUACGCCAUGACGCGUGCCCAGCGGGUGCGUGCCGCCAUGUUUCCCGAGACCCUGGACGAGGGCAUGCAGAUCCCCACUACACAGUUUGACUCCGCUAACCCCACCAACGUGCAGCGGCUGGCCGAGCCGUCUCAGAUGCUCAAGCACGCAGUGGUGAAUCUCAUCAACUACCAGGAUGAUGCUGAACUCGCCACCAGGGCUAUUCCAGAGCUCACCAAGCUCCUCAAUGAUGAAGACCAGGUGGUGGUGAAUAAGGCGUCCGUCAUGGUGCAUCAGUUGUCAAAGAAAGAGGCGUCGCGGCACGCCAUCAUGCGCUCCCCUCAGAUGGUGUCUGCCAUCGUGAGGACCAUGCAGAACACUGCCGACGUGGAGACGGCACGCUGCACCGCCGGCACACUGCACAACCUUUCCCACCACCGGGAGGGCCUUCUCGCCAUCUUUAAAUCCGGCGGCAUUCCUGCUCUGGUUAAGAUGCUCGGAUCUCCAGUGGACAGCGUGCUGUUUUACGCCAUCACCACCCUGCACAACCUCCUCCUGCACCAGGAAGGAGCUAAAAUGGCCGUACGCCUGGCCGGUGGCCUGCAGAAGAUGGUCGCCCUGCUGAACAAGACCAACGUUAAAUUCCUGGCCAUCACCACAGACUGCCUGCAGAUCCUGGCCUACGGCAACCAGGAGAGCAAGCUGAUCAUCUUGGCCAGUGGUGGCCCUCAGGCCCUGGUGAACAUCAUGAGGACCUAUACAUACGAGAAGCUACUGUGGACCACCAGCCGUGUGCUCAAAGUUCUUUCUGUUUGCUCCAGCAACAAACCUGCCAUUGUGGAAGCUGGAGGAAUGCAAGCUCUUGGUCUUCACCUGACCGACCCCAGCCAGCGACUGGUACAGAACUGCCUCUGGACCCUCAGAAACCUGUCAGAUGCUGCCACCAAGCAGGAGGGUAUGGAAGGGCUGCUUGGGACCCUGGUCCAGCUGCUCGGCUCGGACGACAUAAACGUGGUGACGUGCGCCGCCGGCAUCCUGUCCAACCUCACCUGCAACAACUACAAGAACAAAAUGAUGGUGUGCCAGGUCGGCGGCAUCGAGUCGCUCGUGCGCACCGUGCUCAGAGCCGGAGACCGCGAGGACAUCACCGAGCCUGCCGUGUGUGCGCUCCGCCAUCUCACCUCCAGGCACCAGGAUGCCGAAAUGGCCCAGAAUGCUGUGCGCCUUCACUACGGUCUUCCUGUGGUGGUCAAACUCCUGCACCCACCCUCACAUUGGCCUCUUAUUAAGGCCACAGUUGGAUUAAUCCGUAACCUGGCGCUUUGUCCAGCCAAUCACGCACCACUGCGCGAGCAGGGUGCCAUCCCCCGAUUAGUCCAGCUGCUGGUGAGGGCACAUCAGGACACCCAGAGGCGCACCUCUAUGGGAGGCACACAGCAGCAGUUUGUGGAAGGAGUUCGAAUGGAGGAGAUCGUAGAGGGCUGCACUGGCGCGCUUCACAUCCUGGCCAGAGACGUGCACAACAGAAUUGUCAUCCGAGGACUCAACACCAUCCCGCUGUUUGUUCAGUUGCUGUAUUCUCCGAUCGAAAACAUCCAGCGUGUGGCGGCCGGUGUUCUGUGUGAACUGGCACAGGACAAGGAAGCGGCAGAGGCCAUUGAAGCGGAGGGAGCCACGGCACCCCUCACUGAACUGCUGCACUCCAGGAACGAGGGAGUGGCUACGUACGCGGCAGCUGUGCUGUUCCGCAUGUCUGAGGACAAACCUCAGGACUAUAAGAAGCGUCUGUCUGUGGAGCUGACCAGCUCUCUGUUCAGAACAGAGCCCAUGGCCUGGAACGAGACUGGUGAUAUGGGUCUGGACAUGGGAGCUCAAGGAGAGCCUGUUGGAUACAGAGCAGAUGACCCAAGCUACCGCUCCUUCCAUACGGGCUACCCCCAGGACGGUCUGGGCAUGGAUGGCAUUCUGGAACACGAGCUCGCCGGCCACCAUCCCGGAGCGGAUUACCCAGUAGAGGGGCUUCCUGACCUCGGCCACAGCCACGACCUGAUGGACGGCCUUCCUCCAACAGAUUCCAAUCAGCUGGCCUGGUUCGACACGGACCUCUAAACACAUUCUCUCUCUCACACACACACACACACACACACACACACACACACACACACACACACACGGUCUGCAAGUAGAGAAGGUGAGGGACUCAAACCAGGUUCAUGGGGUUUGUACUGUCUGUAAUCUAUUUUAUUAUAAGGAUUAAUUCCUUCAGCGAGGAACAUGGAAAUGGAGUUUAAAAUUUUAA